CACAAUAUUAAACUGUAGUCUAUGGGUGUUGCAAAUAAAUAAAUAAAAUCCACCAAUAACUGAAUUUCCUUUCCCAAUCAAUAAUUUUCCCUUUAUUUUCUCACUUUCCAAACAUAGAGACCACUGUAGUAUUUGAACUGUGUACUAUAUUACUAUCUGUGGGCAUGUCCUUUCAUGCUUUCUCUCCCUGCUUUCUGCCUUUUUGAUUGGUCAGUGUUGUUGUGUCCUUUUCUACUCUAACAAACUCCACCAUUGAUUUUCUCUCAUCUUUGACUCCUGUUGAUCGGGCAUGGAGUUUGCGAGUUAUAUUCAGCAGACGAAUGCAUUUUAUUGCAGACAAGGUACUAGUUGUAGGGUAUCAAAUAGGUUAUAUUCGAGAUUUAGAUAUAAAAGUUAUGGGUAUAAUGCUGUUGAUUUGAAGAUUUUUUCGAGAGAAAGACCUUCAAAGACAUUAAAGAAAAGUGUUUUUUAUGGUAGUGGAAGUGGAAUGCGUAGUCAUUUGUGUGUUGGUGGGUAUGCAAGUAAUCCGUUGUUUUGCAAUUUUAUUGAUGGGUUUGAGGGAUCGAGAAGUGUUAAGUUGCUGUGUCAAGGCAAUGAUUCGUUAACAUAUAUUGAUGGGAAUGGUAGAAAUGUAGAAAUUGGUGAGGGUAAUGAUAAGAACUUGAGAGCAGGGUCUAAUGGUGGCCUGGGAGAAGAGGAUGGGAGAGGAGAAAAGGUAAUGGAGACUGAAAUGGCGGCAGAGGCACUUAGUUUGGAUGAAUUGAGGGAAUUGUUACAGAAAGCAAUGAGGGAAUUGGAGGUUGCACGGCUUAAUAGUACCAUGUUUGAGGAAAAGGCACAGAGUAUAUCAGAAACUGCAAUAGCUUUGCAAGAUGAGGCAUCGAGUGCUUGGAAUGAUGUUAACUCAACACUUGAUAUGUUUCAGGACAUUGUGAACAAGGAGGGUGUUGCUAAAGAAGCUUUUCAAAAGGCAACUAUGGCGCUUUCUUUGGCUGAGGCAAGGCUUAAGGUGGCAGUGGAGUCGAUAAAAUCUACGAAAGAAGGGGUUGAUUCAUUGGAGGGUUCUGGAGAGAGUGACGUGGAAAAUGAUAGUAAGGAAGACUAUGAGACAAUUUUGGCUGCUCAGAAUGAUAUUAGGGAAUGCCAGGCAAAUUUGGCAAAUUGUGAAGCGGAGCUGAGGCGCUUGCAAAGUAUAAAGGAAGAAUUACAGAAGGAGGUAGACGCGUUGAAUGAGAAAGCAGAGAAAGCACAAAUGAAUGCUUUGAAAGCAGAGGAGGAUGUUGCAAACAUUAUGCUUCUAGCAGAGCAAGCUGUUGCCUUUGAACUUGAGGCUACCCAACGAGUGAGUGAUGCAGAAAUUGCGUUACAAAAGGCAGAGAAAUCUCUCUCUAGUUCUCAUGUUGAUAUCCAGGAAACAGGUCGGGGGCAUGUGUCCGAUGAUGAGGCAGUAGUCGAGGAGGAGAAGAUGCGUGGAGGCAGUGCUUCUGAUGUUGAGAAAGAAACAGAUAUGACUGUAAAUGGUGAUGUUUUAGUUGGCGAGCCUUCAAUAGAUAGACUAUCUGAUAAAAUCAGCCAGAGUUCUGAAGAGUUAUAUCUUUCUGAUUAUUCUAGUGACCACAAGAAUGGAAAAUCGAGUUUGGACUCUAUUAAAGAUACUGAAGCAGAAGCUGAAAAGUCAAAAGUUGGCAUUCAGACAAAAAAGCAGGAAUUACAGAAGGACCUGACCAGGGAGAGUUCAUCUUCACCUCUCAGUGCUCCCAAGGCGUUGUUGAAGAAAUCCUCUCGUUUCUUUUCUGCAUCCUUCUUCUCUUUCAGUGGAGAUGAGACGGAGUUGACAGCAGCAUCAGUCUUUCAGGGCCUAAUGGAGUCUGCAAGGAAGCAACUGCCCAAUUUUCUUCUUGGCCUAUUGUUGUUUGGAGCAGGAUUUGCCUUCUACUCUAAUCGAGUGGAGAAGAGUACCCAGAUGCUUCAAAAACCAGAAGUGGUCACCACAAGCAUUGAAGAAGUUUCAUCAAACGCGAAGCCUCUGAUUCAACAUAUUCAGAAACUCCCAAAGAGAGUCAAAAAAUUAAUUGCAAUGCUUCCUCAUCAAGAGAUGAAUGAGGAGGAAGCAUCUCUCUUUGAUGUUUUGUGGUUGCUGCUUGCUAGUGUUAUUUUUGUUCCUUUAUUUCAGAAAAUUCCAGGAGGCAGUCCUGUUCUUGGAUACUUGGCUGCUGGCAUCUUGAUUGGCCCUUAUGGUCUCUCCAUCAUCCAUCAUGUGCUUGGUACAAAGGCAAUUGCUGAAUUUGGAGUUGUUUUCUUGCUAUUCAAUAUUGGCCUUGAGCUCUCUGUUGAAAGGCUUAGUUCCAUGAAAAAAUAUGUAUUUGGAUUAGGCUCUGGUCAGGUCUUGGUGACAGCAGUGGUUAUUGGCUUGGUCACACAUUUUGUUUCCAGGCUGCCUGGUCCUGCUGCAAUUGUCAUUGGAAAUGGCCUGGCACUAUCUUCUACUGCUGUUGUUCUACAGGUGUUGCAGGAGCGAGGUGAGAGCACAUCGCGCCAUGGACGUGCUACUUUCUCUGUCCUACUAUUCCAGGAUUUGGCUGUUGUGGUGUUGCUAAUACUCAUACCACUUAUUUCACCAAAUUCAUCCAAAGGAGGGGUUGGUUUUCAAGCAAUUGCUGAGGCUCUUGGGUUGGCUGCUGUUAAGGCAGCAGUUGCCAUCACCGCGAUAAUUGCUGGUGGAAGAUUGCUGCUUCGACCAAUUUAUAAACAAAUUGCAGAAAAUCAAAAUGCAGAGAUAUUCUCAGCCAAUACACUUCUUGUUAUUCUGGGGACCAGUCUCCUUACUGCCAGGGCUGGACUUUCCAUGGCACUGGGGGCAUUUCUGGCUGGUUUGCUUCUUGCAGAAACUGAAUUUUCCUUGCAGGUUGAAUCAGAUAUUGCUCCAUAUCGCGGGCUUCUAUUGGGCCUUUUUUUCAUGACGGUUGGAAUGUCCAUUGACCCAAAACUUCUGGUUUCAAAUUUUCCUGCCAUUAUGGGAUCAUUAGGGCUUUUAAUUGGAGGCAAGACUGCGUUGGUUGCUUUAGUUGGCAGGUGUUUUGGUGUUUCUAUUAUAUCUGCAAUAAGGAUUGGUCUUCUUCUUGCUCCGGGUGGAGAAUUUGCAUUUGUAGCAUUUGGUGAAGCUGUUAACCAGGGUAUAAUGUCUCCUCAGCUAUCCUCUUUAUUGUUUCUUGUGGUGGGGAUCUCAAUGGCCAUGACACCAUGGCUAGCUGCUGGCGGCCAGUUAAUAGCAUCUCGUUUUGAGCAGCAUGAUGUUCGUAGUUUGUUACCGGUUGAGAGUGAGACAGAUGAUUUGCAGGAUCAUAUUAUUAUCUGUGGAUUUGGUCGUGUUGGCCAGAUUAUAGCACAGCUUCUCUCAGAACGAUUAAUUCCAUUUGUUGCUCUUGAUGUGAGUAGCGAUAGAGUGGCAGCAGGCCGUGCCCUGGAUCUUCCUGUGUACUUUGGAGAUGCUGGUAGUCGAGAGGUCCUCCAUAAAGUCGGUGCUGAAAGAGCAUGUGCUGCUGCAAUAACUCUAGAUACACCUGGUGCAAAUUAUAGAACUGUCUGGGCUCUGAGCAAGUACUUUCCCAAUGUGAAAACGUUUGUUCGUGCUCAUGAUGUUGAUCAUGGCCUUAAUUUGGAGAAGGCUGGGGCUACAGCUGUUGUACCUGAGACAUUGGAACCAAGUCUACAGUUGGCAGCUGCUGUUCUUGCGCAGGCUAAACUGCCCACGUCAGAGAUUGCAGCAACCAUCAAUGCAUUUAGAUCCCGCCACUUGUCUGAGCUUACUGAGCUCUGCGAAACUAGUGGAAGUUCUCUCGGAUAUGGAUUUUCUCGUGUCAUGACCAAACCCAAAAGUCAGUCCUUGGAUUCUUCAGAUGAAAACCAAUUCAGUGAAGGAACAUUAGCAAUAUGAAACUUGCCUCAUGUGAACAAAGGGAAAAAAUAUUCCGGAGAAAUCUAUAGCAAUUUGCUUUCUCUAUUGGCAUAAAUUGUACAGAAAUACACUGAAAGAAGAUGCAAUGGCACACUUACCAUUUUUGAUAAAAUUUUGAUCGACAUUCUUACAGAACAAGCGGAAAAGACUACUACUUUUCCAGUUUUGUGUAAUAGUCUAAUCUCACUUAAGAAACAGUGAAAAGGAACUGAGACGUCGGAAUCUAACAGGAACUUCCAGCAAUGUAUCAAUUUCAUAUUUCAUUGAUAUAAAUAAUUGGUUUCCUGCAA